AAAGAUGGUUCGUGGGGUCGAGGCUUCAACAUAGACAAGGUUGAGACGAUGGUCGUCUCGUAACAUGAUUGACUUGAAGGAUGAGACUGCAACGGUAAGUUCACAUGAUAUUUGAUUUUACUUCAAAGAAGUUGAUUAGUUAUGAUCAAGAAAGUUCAUCUGAGAACUUGAGAGAGAAUUUUGAUGUCUUCAUUAAGGGUUUGAUUUCUUUACCUCUUAAUUUUUCGGGAACCGCUCAUCACAAGUGCAGACAGGUUGAACAUGAGGGCAUCUUGAAGAAGAGGGACAAGGCAGAUUCAGGACUUACUUGGGCUGAAUACAAAUCCAUGACGUUUACUUUUCAAUUCAACGCUGCGACUCGGAAAUGUAGCUCGGUUGAUAUUUCGAGAAGCAUUGAAGGAUGUCUGAGUAUAAGGGUAUGAAUUGAAUUCGAUAUGACUUUUGGGAAAAUGAAAAACGUUCCGGUAAAAUGUACUUUUGGUCCCUAAA